AUGAAACGCCAUGAGAAGGAGAUCCGACACCUAGAUUCUCGACUAGCGACUAUCUCCCUGGAUAUCGGGGAAUCCCUCCGUGCGAAGGAUCGGGACACUGUCGAUUACCGCCAUUGGCGGCCCAAGUUUCAAAAGCCCAAUCGCGAGGAUUCAAUGAUCCAGGUUUCCGCGAUGCUUAUAGCGUUCGGAACGAGCUACUUGUGCAAAGACUUGAUGGUUCGGGCGGAUAUCUACAUGUACCCGAAACGGGCGGUUGGGAACAACUGUUGA